AUGAAAUUAUUUGCCAUUAUCGUUCCAAGUUUAUUAUCAUUAAGUGUUAUUGGUUCAACAGUUAAUACAGAAGAUUCAAUCACUACUGACCACUCCAUAUCUUUACCAAAUAAUUUCACUGAUCCAAUUAUAGUUGAAGCUGGAGCUUAUAAACCAAUAUUCUGUAAUGUUGCUAACUCAAAAAACAGUGUUUGUCUAGGUAGUUUCAAACAAUGUGUCAGCUAUAUGCUUAAUGGUGGCUUGAAAGAUAAGAACAAGGACCUUGCUCAAAGGGCUUGUAAAUUUUAUUGCAGUGAAAUCAAAAAUCCUACUCAAUGCAAACAAAGCAAAUACAAAGCUAAUUAUCAUCCAAAUUGGGCUUGUGAUGAUCAACAAUAUUGUUAA